CCAUUUUCUUUGCUCUCUUUCCCCUUAAUCUUGCUACCUCUCUUUUCCCUAUUUCUUGAAAAUGGAAUACCAACCUUCAACAAGUUCAAACAUCAAUGAAAGUAUUAUCUUAAAAGAAGUUAUGAAUACUCAUGGUCCAGUUACCAAAGAUUUUAAAGCAAAUUAUAUCCUCCACUUUGUGAAGAAGAUUUUAUUUCUUAUCAUGGUGGGUGGAAAAACCAUUUAUGAAGAUGAGGAGGAGUCUGAUGAUAAUGAACCCAUGUCUAAUGUGCCUGAUGAGAUGGAAAUCAAAGACACAGAACAUUCCUAUCAAAUAAAGCGGCUUUCAUUUGAGAUGGCUGAUUAUUCUGACAAUGAGUCUAGUGAUGAUAAUUCUGACAACAACACUAUGUCUAAUGUUCCUGAUGAGAUGGAACUCAAAGACACAGAACAUUCAUAUCAAAUAAAGCGGCUUUCAUUUGAGAUAGCACAAAAGUGUUCAUCAAAAAAUGCUGCAGAUGAUCCACACUCAAUUGUAAUGUAUUUUCUGAAGAUGUUGUGUGCAUAUCCAUGGGAAGCCAAGCUUUUGUUGAUGUUGGCCGCUUCCUCCAUCAACUUUGGAGAAUUCAACAUCCAAGCUCGCAAGGGAAGUAAAACUCCAUUAUUGACUGUGGCAUCUUCCCAUAUCCGACAAUCCAUUUCCUUUUUUAUCAAAUCACUCUUACGUCUUACUGACACCAUUGUCGAGCUUGCACAAUCAUCCUCAUAUAAUUCUUCACCAGUCAUACCGCUUGCUUCUUAUUGGAUCUUUACAAGUAUCAUAACUUUUGCAUCCUAUUUCCGUUGCCUUCCGAAUACUCUUGAUUCAGAGUGGCUUACGGACACUGAAUCAAAGCUAUCCAGUUUAACUGUCACUCUCAAAGAUAUAUUCUCUUAUUGCGGCCCAAUGCUAGAAAUGAAGAGAGAAGAUGAUUCUUACAACGCAUUGUGGUGUGCAUUUUCCGAUGAAAAUCUAGUCCCUUCCACUAAUUUGGAUGCUCUCAAAUUAAUAUUUAAUGUUAAGGAUGUUGACAAAGAGAAACCUUUAUUUGAUCCAGAAGGCGAAAUGGUAGGAUUACGUUUAUUUGAGAACAAAAAGUUGAUAUUGCUUAUAACGUCACAACUUGACGUUGACUAUUCAAUCAUGCUUGCAUCCCUCUUUUAUGAGGGCCCGAUAGCUCAAUUAUGGAUUCCUAUACUGAAUGAUCCCACUUUAUGGGAUACUGCUGCUAUGGAAAAUCAUUAUAGAAUAUUUGCAAACGGGAUCAAAGUCCAUGCAGUAAAAGAUGUAGAAAAAUAUAUAGCAUCAGGAUUUGCAAGAUUUGUAGAAAAGAAAUUCUUCCCAACUUUUCAAAUAGGGAGUGGGCCUAUCUUUGUUUUACUGGAUCACCAAGGAAGGAUGCUUCACUGCAUUGCAACACACAUGAUAGUAAAGAGAUAUAUUGAUUUGCUUUCAAAGGGUGUUGGUGGUGAUUUUAUGAAGAGAGAUAGCAAAAUUCCACUGUUCAAGAAUGUGUUGAAGGAAAUGACUUUAUCUGUUAGACAUUUAGUGUUUGACAUUGAUGAGAAGAUAAGUGAUUUUGCUAAUGAAAUGGAUAGUAAAUUAAAUGAAUGGCUUGAGGACAUUGAGAGUGAUAUACAAAAUUCGCUUGAAAGCAUCAUGUACAAAGCUAUAAUGGAAGAAGAUCCUUGGAAGGAAAAGACUUGGUGCACUAAGUUUCUGAUAGGAGGAGACAUCCUCCUCGCGCAAGCAAAGGAAUGGGUUAAUGCAAAUGAGCACAUAUUUUUCAUUGGAGGGAAGGACAUUAAAUGGGUUAAAACAUUUGCAUCCAAGGUAUUAAACCCGCAACUGACAAUUAAGAUGGCCUAUGUUGGUAGCAACUAUAAAGUAGCAUCAACGAUUCGUCAAGACAGAAUUUGUGAGACAUUAUUUGACAAAGUUAAAGAAGCUCAAUUUACAUUUUGGAUGAAUCUUCAAAGCGUAUUUUUUUCAAGAAUCAAAUUCUUAGAUGAGACUUAUGGUGAUGAAGAGAGUGACGAAAUUGUCAAAGGACUAAAAUUUUUGCUAUCAUAUGAAGCUGAAGGAGUAGCAGUUAAUGGAUGGGCUUUGCUAUGCAAAGGGAACAAGAUAGUCUUAUAUGACCUAGGAGAUAAGAUGUUGGCGGUCAUGAAUGAGUACACGAAGUGGAAGGAAACUGCAAUAGUCAAAGGCUUUGACCAAGCAUUCAAAGAUCAUCAUCAUGAGAUGUUUGGCUCUAGAUGUACUCCACAACAUCACCAGUUUGCUCUUGAAUAUCCAUGUAAUUCAGACAAAGUUCCAGAGAAUAUAAAAUGCCAUCAAUGUUGUCACGAUAUGCAAAAAUUUGUCACUUUCAAGUGCCAUCAUGAGUACUUAUGUAAAGAAUAUUCUGAUAGGCUUACAUGAUUGAUAUCAACACAGUGUAUUUGCAUUUAUCCUAUGUAAUGAUUUUUUUUUUUACUUGUAAUUUAGUUUUUUUUUUUUUAACCUGU